GCGCGGAAGUAGUUUCCAGUGUGGCGGUUAGCCGUGGCAUGGGGUUUUCAUGGAUACCAAUAAAAAACGUUAAUAUGAGUUUUAUACCUAAAAACAAAGAACUGGACUGAUAGCAGGUAGAUGUCAUAAGGUCAGUUAAAAGUGUGUAUGCUCACAGGAUGGCCGACAGUGGAGCCGAAACGCCGAGCAUAGCUUAUAAAGUGUUCACGUUUGAAGACGAGAGGAAAAACACGCAGGAGUCCCUCUGUGUCUCCAUACCUGAGGAGAACCCAGCAAGGAGAUGGACAUCUUGCUCUUCUUUGGUGAUGGUUCCUCUGUUGUCUGAGCAGAUGGUUGGCGUGCAUCCGUCUCUGCCAUAAGAAGGUCAUGUACUGAUGCCCACACCUCUCUUCUUUCAUCUUUGGAAAGGCACUUAAGGUCUUUAAACCUGGGAUCAAGGGUAGUAGCGAUCUUCAGCCAUGUGAGAUUGUUGCUGUCCCUCUGCUGAGCUAGGUCUGUGGUAGAAACCUUCUUAAACCUCAAAACGUAGACUGGGUCAUCAUCUGAGGGCUCCAUAAUCCUGAACAAAUGACACAAGGCUGGCAACACCAUGGAACAGGAGACAUACCGCUCUCCCCCCAGCAGUUCGGUCCUCGACCCGCAGUUCGGCAUGUAUGUGUGGCCGUGUGCGGUGGUGCUGGCUCAGUAUCUGUGGAUGCACAGAGAGGAGCUGAGAGGGAAGAAGGUGCUGGAGCUCAGUGCAGGCGUGAGUCUGCCCGGCGUGGUGGCGGCGCGGUGUGGUGCCGAGGUGAUCCUGUCAGACGCCGCUGACAGACCGGCAUGUCUGGAGAACUGCAGGCGAAGCUGCGAAGCCAACGACCUCGGCGACAUGCCGGUGGUGGGUGUCAGCUGGGGUGAGAUCUCCCCGGACCUCGUCCUGCUCCCCAAGCUGGACGUCAUCCUGGGCUCAGACGUCUUCUACGAUCCCGAAGAUUUUGAAGACGUCCUUGUGACCGUUUUUUUCCUGCUGAGAAAAAACCCCAAAGCCGAGUUCUGGACGACGUACCAAGUACGAAGCGCCGACUGGUCGAUCGAGGUGCUGCUGCACAGGUGGAACCUGAGCUGCAUCGAGGUUCAGCUCGACCAGUUUGACGCCGACACACCUGAGCUGGCCGGGUCGAAUCUGCCCGGCAACCACAGCAUCCAGAUGAUGAAAAUCACCCUGAAGACGGAGGAUGCUGGACAGGAGUCCGUCCACAGAGCUUCACCAUAACCUCCAACCACACCCGCAGCAGCCAGGCUAACCAGUGACUCAUGUGAGACAUUUGAGGAGCAGAAACCAGCGUUGGUAUCCUGAUGUUUGACCUGCUUUUUAUAGUUUACUGCAGGAAACUUCAACAGGUGCAUUCACACAUAAAGUUCAUAUCAGCACGUGGGACAGGUAUCUGCUCAGGACACGUUAGAGCAGAUCCAGCACAUUCCCUCAGCUUCAGUGAACUAUUAAUGUUCCAUUUAUGAGUGAUGGUUAUUAAAGUGACUGUGGAGCCGUCACAUUAAGCAGGUCUGAAUCCAGCCUGGUGUCUGGUCAGACCUGCUGACAGGGCUGUCAGAGCUGCUCUUCCAGCCCUGACAGGCUGAAGCUGGAGGCUGUGUUUCCUGCUGUGAGCAGCAGAGGGCAGCGUUUCACUGAACUUGACACCUGAGGUCACAAUGAUUAAACUGCCUCAUAAGUGUGUGUGGUUUCUUGGUCUUAUUCAUGAGUUUGCUCAGAUUGUUUAACUCUAGAUAAGAAAAUGUGGAACAAAUGAAGAUUCACACAUUUUUAGUGCAACAGCUGGUUUUGCUGUUUACACACACAUGUGUAAACUGUGUCAUAAUGGAUGAUUCUGGUGGAUCCCUAAAUCUAACCCUCACACUGAUACAGAUGUGGAUUCCAGGCCUCACAGUCUUCUUCCUGUUUGCUGUGAGCUAAAAUUCACAGACAAAAGCAUAUUUUAAUGUCCCGGACUGUGUACAGCUAUAUUCAAACCACAUGUGAUCAGCGCAUGGAUAUAUAUGUUGUAUGAUAAUAAAAUGAUGUGUUUUUGGA